AUGGCUUUGAGCUCAGACAUGGCGGGUUUAGAUCAGGUCUCGGCUCUCGAACUCAUCAAGAACCAUCUUCUCGGUGAGUUCUCGCCCGCAGCCAAGAGCUCCGUCACUGAGCUAAGCGACUCUGCUUCCAGCUUCCCCCAAAAUCAAUGGAGCCCCGAGGCCAAUUCGGACCUUUCCAGAUCUCAAUCUGACUCUCUUUGCUCCAAAUCCUCGUCCACUUUUGAUUCUUCGAUCGAAAUCUCCGACUACUUGAAUUCCAAUGAGAUCUUCGAGUUCGAGUUUAAUUCCACCGAUUUUCUCGAUUUCGAAGCUAAACCUCAAGUCAUCGACCUCACCACCCCAAAGUCCGCCGAUUUGAGGUCCCAAAAUUCGUUCGAAUUUGAAUCCAAGCCUCAAAUCAGUGAUGAUUUCUUUGAAUUCGAACAAAAGCCCCAGCUCUUGAACAGGACACCUCCGAAACCGGCCAACCCGACCCGGAAACCCGCGCUCACAGUCUCCCUCCCGAAUAAAACCGAGUGGAUCCAUUUCGCGAGCUCUGACCCGGCCAUGAAGGCGCCGGUUCAGAAGUCGAGUUCGAAUGAGGAGAAGAAGAAGCACUACCGCGGGGUCCGCCAAAGACCGUGGGGCAAGUAUGCGGCGGAGAUCCGGGACCCGAACCGGAGAGGCUCCCGGGUCUGGCUCGGGACCUUCGACACGGCGAUCGAGGCCGCCAAGGCCUAUGACCGGGCGGCGUUCAAGCUGCGCGGCUCCAAAGCCAUCCUCAACUUCCCGCUCGAAGCCGGCAAGGCCGAGCCGGUCGCGGCCGUCGAGAGAAAACGACGUCGUGAGGAGGACAGAGAAGAAGUGAAGGCGGUGGCAGUGAAGAAGGAGCGGUUGACGGAGGCGCCAGAGGCCGUUGGGUUCGUAAGGGAUAUGCCCUUGACGCCGUCAAGUUGGACGGGGUUUUGGGACUCUGAGUCAUUGGAAGAUGUGAAGGGGAUAUUUAGCGUUCCGCCGUUGUCGCCGUUAUCUCCUCACCCAACGAUGGGUUAUCCACAACUUAUGGUCUUGUGA